AUGAGCGGAUGUAGUCGGCCAAGUGUCAAAUGCUCGCGCGGAGAAAAAGGAUCACUGCUGAGAAGCGCACGCUGUGUGUCGCAGUUUGCACCAGCUGGUGAUAGCCAUGUUUGGACUACAGAUGAUCUUCUUCCAGCAUUCGUAUAUGUGACCGUACGUGCUCAGCUACAACAUUUAGGCGCCGAGAUUCGUCUUAUUGAAGAUUUUACACCGCAACUACAAGGUGAAUUGAAAAAUAAAAUGAGAUUGAACAGGCAGCAGAAAGAAAAUAGAAGGGUACGAAUCGAAAGAAUUGUCGUAAAAUGGCCGGUAGUGUCGGCUGACACCUUAGAAGCCCUUCGGCAUUCGCAUCUUCUCUGA